AGUCGAGCUAUUUAAAGUUGAAACCGCAGCAACACAACAAACUUCCGAUGGUGACGUCAUAGGUGCGCGCUUCCGCGAAGCUGUGAUCAAGAUGGCGGCCUCCGCCGCACCAGGCGUCGUCGUUCCCCGCAGCUUUCGGCUGCUGGAGGAACUGGAGGAAGGUCAGAAGGGAGGUGGAGACGGCACAGUGAGCUGGGGCCUCGUGAAUGAUGACGACAUGACGCUGACUCAAUGGAAUGGCAUGAUCAUUGGCCCACCCAAGACUGUGUACGAUGGACGGAUCUACAGUCUGAGAAUAGAAUGUGGAUCCAGAUACCCGGAGCAUCCCCCUCAUGUCCGCUUCGUCAACAAGAUCAACAUGAACGGCAUACACAGUUCAAACGGUGUGGUGGACAUAAAGACGCUGACGGCGCUCUGCAGGUGGAGAAACUCCUACAACAUCCGGAUGGUGCUGCAGGAGCUCAGGCAGCACAUGAUGUUGAAGGAGAACAGCCGGCUUUCCCAGCCUCCAGAAGGCCAGGUCUACAGCAACUGACCUCCCCCCCCCCCACACACACACACACACUCCAGCCUUCCAUUGGACAGAGAGAGGGGUGUGCAGACCAGACAAUACCACACAAUUUCUGGUCAUCUCAAUAAUGUGUGUUUAGUCUUACCUCCGCGCUGUGUGUGUGUGUUCUACAUCCCAGAUUGUCAAAUAACCAAUGAGCUGAUUGAGUGUACCAGUUAUUAAUUUCGUCUUUGGGUAUUGCGGUGAAGGGAUUUGAAUCUACAGCAAAACCUAUUGACUCGUGUAGGCCACAAUAUAAAAUAUUCCCAACAUUUGCAGUUAUUUUUAAUCAGAUUCCUUGAAAGUACCCCGCCUUCCCCCCACAGUGCUUUGCUAGGUGUCCCGACCAUGUGAAGUAGACUUGUCUUCUCUUCAUGUCCAGUACACACAAAUGAACCGCUACUAGACAUUCACUGUAUGCAACAGGGCGCUGCUGCCUCUAGUCUUCUGUGUGCCAUAUGGUUCCUAAACCUUUAUGAUGGUGGUUGAUUGUUAGCAGCCAGGUGGAGGGGAUUUGGGGGGAGGAGAGGACACCUCAUCACCACUGCACUGUGGCGAGCAGCAGCAGGAGGAGCGUGCGUCUGUCUGCUGUUCUUCGGUGGAAACGCUCCUCUCCCCCACAGUGAACGCCCGCUGAGCUUUGGAUGUUUAUUUCUUAUGACGGGUUGAAUCUAAUCAGGGUGAUGGUGACCGGUUGCAUGGUUUUAUUUGAAUUAAACAUUAUUACUUUUGCA